GCCACCGUCCCUCACAGCUGGGGUGGCUUCUCCAGGUUCGCACCGAGAGGAAGUUGGGGUACCGGUUUCCGCCGCCAGCACCCAAGAUGGCGGCACGAGCGUCGCAACCACAAGAACCACAUGCUUCGUGUCCCGCCUCAGCCUUCUCGGGUCUCACUAGACUUUUGCAAGUCACUGUGGGAACCCUCAAGGCGAGGGUGUUCCGCACUCCGGCGGCGAUACACCCUCCUAUUCCCUGACCUAGGCCUUCAUUCCCCCGCCACAGAAAGCGCUGGAAGCGCCCAACCUGGAUACUUCACCCAACGCCCAAGCCCACUGACAUCGCCCGCCGCGAAGGCGCGGCCGAGGGGCCCGGAAUGCCAGACACUAGGGCCUUCGCCCUACUCAUUGGUUUCUCUGGAAACCCCCCUGGUAAGUGUGGAGGAGGCGGGACACUCUGACCCAAGACGAAAGGCCUGUAGCUCCAGCCAAAGAAAAUAAACCUUAGGAGGGAGAAGGAAAAAAAAAUCCAUCAGCUGUUCCUGAGAACAGCCUGCAUUGGAAUCUACAGAGAGGACAACUAAUGUGAGUGAGGAAGUGACUGUAUGUGGACUGUGGAGACAGUAAGUCACGUGGGCCCUUGAGGGCCUGGACUGGGUUAGGAACAGUUGUACUUUCAGAGGUGAGGUGUCGAGAAGGGAAAGUGAAUGUGGUCUGGAGUGUGUCCUUGGCCUUGGCUCCACAGGGUGUGCUUUCCUCUGGGGCCGUCAGGGAGCUCAGCCCUUGUGUUCUGCCAGGGUGGGGUACGGGGUUUGACACUGAGGAGGGUAACCUGCUGGCUGGAGCGGCAGAGCAGUGGCCUUGAUUUGUCUUUUGGAAGAUUUUAAAAACCAAAAAGCAUAAACAUUCUGGUCCUUCAGCAAUGCUUUCUCUGAAGAAAUACUUAACGGAAGGACUUCUCCAGUUCACCAUUCUGCUGAGUUUGAUUGGGGUACGGGUGGACGUGGAUACUUACCUGACCUCACAGCUUCCCCCACUCCGGGAGAUCAUCCUGGGGCCCAGUUCUGCCUAUACUCAGACCCAGUUCCACAACCUGAGGAAUACCUUGGAUGGCUAUGGUAUCCACCCCAAGAGCAUAGACCUGGACAAUUACUUCACUGCCCGGCGGCUCCUCAGUCAGGUGAGGGCCCUGGACAGGUUCCAGGUGCCAACCACUGAGGUAAAUGCCUGGCUGGUUCACCGAGACCCAGAGGGGUCUGUCUCUGGCAGUCAGCCCAACUCAGGCCUCGCCCUCGAGAGUUCCAGUGGCCUCCAAGAUGUGACAGGCCCAGACAACGGGGUGCGAGAAAGCGAAACGGAGCAGGGAUUCGGUGAAGAUUUGGAGGAUUUGGGGGCUGUAGCCCCCCCAGUCAGUGGAGACUUAACCAAAGAGGACAUAGAUCUGAUUGACAUCCUUUGGCGACAGGAUAUUGAUCUGGGGGCUGGGCGUGAGGUUUUUGACUAUAGUCAUCGCCAGAAGGAGCAGGAUGUGGAGAAGGAGCUGCGAGAUGGAGGCGAGCAGGACACCUGGGCAGGCGAGGGCGCGGAAGCUCUGGCACGGAACCUGCUAGUGGAUGGAGAGACUGGGGAGAGCUUCCCUGCACAGGUGCCUAGUGGGGAGGACCAGACGGCCCUGUCCCUGGAAGAGUGCCUUAGGCUGCUGGAAGCCACCUGCCCCUUUGGGGAGAAUGCUGAGUUUCCAGCAGACAUUUCCAGCAUAACAGAAGCAGUGCCUAGUGAGAGUGAGCCCCCUGCUCUUCAAAACAACCUCUUGUCUCCUCUUCUGACCGGGACAGAGUCACCAUUUGAUUUGGAACAGCAGUGGCAAGAUCUCAUGUCCAUCAUGGAAAUGCAGGCCAUGGAAGUGAACACAUCAGCAAGUGAAAUCCUGUACAAUGCCCCUCCUGGAGACCCACUGAGCACCAACUACAGCCUUGCCCCCAACACUCCCAUCAAUCAGAAUGUCAGCCUGCAUCAGGCGUCCCUGGGGGGCUGCAGCCAGGACUUCUUACUCUUCAGCCCCGAGGUGGAAAGCCUGCCUGUGGCCAGUAGCUCCACGCUGCUCCCGUUGGCCCCCAGCAAUUCUACCAGCCUCAACUCCACCUUUGGCUCCACCAACCUGACAGGGCUCUUCUUUCCACCCCAGCUCAAUGGCACAGCCAAUGACACAGCAGGCCCAGAGCUGCCUGACCCUUUGGGGGGUCUGUUAGAUGAAGCUAUGUUGGAUGAGAUCAGCCUUAUGGACCUGGCCAUUGAAGAAGGCUUUAACCCUGUGCAGGCCUCCCAGCUGGAGGAGGAAUUUGACUCUGACUCAGGCCUUUCCUUAGACUCGAGCCAUAGCCCUUCUUCCCUAAGCAGCUCUGAAGGCAGUUCUUCCUCUUCUUCCUCCUCCUCUUCCUCUUCUUCCUCUGCUUCUUCCUCUGCCUCUUCCUCCUUUUCUGAGGAAGGUGCGGUUGGCUACAGCUCUGACUCUGAGACCCUGGAUCUGGAAGAGGCCGAGGGUGCUGUGGGCUACCAGCCUGAGUAUUCCAAGUUCUGCCGCAUGAGCUACCAGGAUCCAGCUCAGCUCUCAUGCCUGCCCUACCUGGAGCACGUGGGCCACAACCACACAUACAACAUGGCACCCAGUGCCCUGGACUCAGCCGACCUGCCACCACCCAGUGCCCUCAAGAAAGGCAGCAAGGAGAAGCAGGCUGACUUCCUGGACAAGCAGAUGAGCCGGGAUGAGCACCGAGCCCGAGCCAUGAAGAUCCCUUUCACCAAUGACAAAAUCAUCAACCUGCCUGUGGAGGAGUUCAAUGAGCUGCUGUCCAAAUACCAGUUGAGUGAAGCCCAGCUGAGCCUCAUCCGAGACAUCCGGCGCCGGGGCAAGAACAAGAUGGCGGCGCAGAACUGCCGCAAGCGCAAGCUGGACACCAUCCUGAAUCUGGAGCGUGAUGUGGAGGACCUGCAGCGUGACAAAGCCCGGCUGCUGCGGGAGAAAGUGGAGUUCCUGCGCUCCCUGCGACAGAUGAAGCAGAAGGUCCAGAGCCUGUACCAGGAGGUGUUUGGGCGGCUGCGAGAUGAGAACGGACGACCCUACUCGCCCAGUCAGUAUGCGCUCCAGUACGCCGGGGACGGCAGUGUCCUCCUCAUCCCCCGCACGAUGGCCGACCAGCAGGCCCGGCGGCAGGAGAGGAAGCCAAAGGACCGGAGAAAGUGAGCCUGGGGAAGAAGGGGGUUUGAAGCCCACCAAGACCGAAACUGGAGAAGGGCUGGACCUGGACCUGGACCUACAGCGGGGACUUAAAUGCCUUCUUAUCCAAUAUAUCUUCUCAGAUGGGAUGACUGCGGGUCAGUGUACAGGAAGAGGCAGGCACUGGCUGGCUCAGCUCCACUCGGGUGGAGUGGAAGUGGCCAGACCAUUCAGACGGACAGGGUCCUCACCCUACCCCUUUCCUGUGAGGCAGGGGUGGUGGUGGAGUUGCUGGAGGUAGAGGAGCUAUGUGGAGCAAAGGCCGACAGAGGGGAAGGAAUGGACCUGUGAGAGGAGAGGAAGGGAAGGUGGCAGAAAGUCUCAUUUCAGGAAGGAGGGAUAGAAGGAAGGAAGGAAGGAACCCCCACCCCCCCCCCCAAAAAAAAAAUCAAAGCGGGAAGAAAAUCAGAGGGAAGGUUAAGGUUGGCUCUGGUCAGGAUUCCAGGCAGCAGGUUGGAGUGACUGGUGGGCCUAGAUCACUGGUGUGAUAAACCCCAUUUCACCCCGGGGGGUGGGGUACACAGACACAGGGUGGGGGUGGGGAGGGGCGGUGUUAACUCUUUCUGCUCCUUGCAUUUUGGCAUCCCUGAAGGGGAGCUCUUGGAUAUCAUCGGCCAUGUUUCAAUCGAAUGGAGCCACUGGGCUCCAACACUGGCUUUGAGAUUUAGAGUCAAAGGGUAGAGUGAACAGGAAAGGGUCACGUGGUCCCAUGUUGCAACAGCCCCAACAUCACGCAUGUCAUUCACUGCCUUGCCACUCCAUCUCCCUCCGUGCUCCAGCCACCCCUGAGCUGAGGCUCCCAUUGUCUCCAUCAGAGCCUGCAUGUGUAUGCCGUCCUCCCCUGGUCGGGUGUUUGUGUUCCCCACCCCUCACAGACUGCCUGAGCUCUCCUGUAAGCUGGGAUAGGGUGAUGGCAGUGCUCCGGGAACUGGGCCUGCAGCCUUCCUCUUCUGGGACUGCUGUGAGGCAGAGGAAUGAUGGAGGAUGUAGUGUAGCAGCCUCCAGGCAGGAUUCAGCACAACACUGGGGAGUCACCCUUCCCUCGGGCCUCUGCCUACCAACAACUGGGCUUAUCACUGGGAAAGCAAAAAAUUACACAACCCAGCAACAACAAAAGAACUAGUCCUCUUAGAAUUUCUUGCGCUUUGAUUUUUUUAGGGCUUGUGCCCUGUUUCACUUAUAGGGUCUAGAAUGCUUGUGUUGAGUAAAAAGGAGAUGCCCAAUAUUCAAAGCUGCUAAAUGUUCUCUUUGCCAUAAAGACUCCGUGUAACUGUGUGAACACUUGGGAUUUUUCUCCUCUGUCCCGAGGUCGUCGUCUGCUUUCUUUUUUGGGUUUCUUUCUAGAAGAUUGAGAAGUGCAUAUGACAGGCUGAGAGCACCUCCCCAAACAAGCUCUCAGCCACAGGCAGCUUCUCCACAGCCCCAGCUUAGCACAGGCUCCUGGAGGGCUGCCUGGGGGAGGCAGACACGGGAGUGCCAAGGUGGCCAGAUGGUUCCAGGACUACAGUGUCUUUAUUUUUAACUGUUUGCCACUGCUGCCCUCACCCCUGCCCGGCUCUGGAGUACCGUCUGCUCCAGACAAGCAGGAGUGAAAUGGGGGUGGGGGGAAGCACUGAUUCCCAGUUAGGGGGUGCCUAACUGAGCAGUAGGGAUAGAAGGUGUGAACCUGGGAGUGCUUUUAUAAAUUAUUUUCCUUGUAGAUUUUAUUUUUAAUUUAUCUCUGUGACCUGCCAGGGAGAGGGGAGAGAGAGAGAGAUGCUGUUGAGCACAUGACAAAAUAAAAUAAAAUGGAUGAUUCAUUCUCAA